GACGAGCGUCAGCUAGUGUACGUUGGUGUGGGUGCGAAGCGGGCGAGUGCGUCGCCGUCGCGCGUUCGCAAGUUCGCAUAGUCGCGCGAGUGACUUUUAUUUACCAAUUACAGCGCCGUUGCGCGGUGCGAAGCGUUAAAUGUGCGUGCAGAAUGUCGAAUCCGGGCGGUAGCAGGAGGAACGGCGCCACGAAGAUUCGUCUGACGAUUUUAUGCGCCCGUAAUCUUGCUAGAAAAGAUUUAUUUCGCUUGCCUGAUCCUUUUGCUAAGAUUACUGUUGAUGGUUCUGGCCAGUGUCACAGUACAGACACCUGUAAAGCCACCCUUGAUCCUAAAUGGAAUCAGCAUUAUGACUUAUAUAUUGGGAAAAACGAUGGGAUCACUAUAUCUGUGUGGAAUUAUAGGAAGAUUCAUAAAAAGCAGGGUGGAGGGUUUCUGGGAUGUGUACGCAUAUUAUCGAAUACCAUUCAAAGACUUAAGGAUACUGGAUAUCAACGAUUGGACUUAUGCAAGGCUCAUUCCGACGACACAGACGUCGUAAAGGGGCAAAUUGUAGUGUCCUUGUUAUCACGAGAUGGUCACAAUGGUGCAGUGAGCAAUACAGUCUGUCAUAAUGCAGUGGUGGAUGUACUCGGAGAUUUAAGUUGUCCGAAUGACUUACCAGACGGGUGGGAAGAGAGGAGAACGCAAAGUGGCCGGCUUUACUAUGUAAAUCACCAUACGAAAAGCACGCAAUGGAUCCGUCCAAAUGCUCGACCUAAUGCUAUUAUACCGACAACACCCGAACCGCCUCCGUCGUCGGAACCGACGUCUCCUAGCAGUAGCGCGAGCUCCCCGAACGUGAGAAACGAGAGCCCUGCGCGACAUACUUCGCCCGAAUGGAACGGCGACGGGACACCGAGUCAAACUCCCAGCAGGGACAGCUCGGCGCAGAAUACACCGAGGAACACACCGACGCAACAACAAAAUCAGCAGAACAUAAGAAAUGUACCGCCAGCGUCGUCUGUGAGAGAACGACGCGUGGUCAGAGGAACCGAUGAACAGAACGGCAAUCAAAAUGUCAACGGAAGACUAGAACGCGGCCUUAAUAGCGGCCAACCGCGAAGGCCUAAUCGCACCAACAGAAAUAGAAAUAAUGUUAUGCCAAGUAGCGACAGACGAACUGACCCCCCGCAGCCGCCGGAUUUACCUCGUGGCUACGAGAUGAGAAAGACCCAGCAAGGUCAAGUAUACUUCUAUCAUGUACCUACUGGAUCUUCUACUUGGCAUGACCCAAGGAUACCACGUGAUUUACAAGCUAAUGAACUGACGAGUGAACUUGGUCCUCUUCCUAGUGGAUGGGAAAUGAGGCAGACCCAAAGUGGACGGGUGUAUUUUGUGGAUCACAAUAACCGGACGACGCAAUUUACUGAUCCUAGAUUGUCCAGUCAAAUAAUAAGCAAUCUUUUGAAUAGGAGGCAAAAUAAUAACGUAAAUAAUCAAACGACUAAUAACGCAAGCAAUUCUACGACGAACGAAACUGCCGAGGCGGAUACCACGAGUUCACCAAUAGUUCAGCCUAACACUCCGCAGCAGCCAACGAGAAAUGAAAACGGAAGUAACAACAAUUCCCCGACAAUGGAAAAUGUGCGACCGCAAAACGCUCAAACAGUGUCGGAAUUGCCUAAAGAACUUAUGGAUAACGAGCUACUGCCAAAAUAUAAACGUGAUCUAGUAGCGAAAUUGAAGUGUCUUCGGGCGGAAUUAAAUGCCCUUCAACCUCAAAGUGGUCACUGCCGGCUGGAAGUGUCGAGAAACGAAAUAUUCGAAGAAUCAUACAGACUGAUAAUGAAGAUGCGUCCGAAAGAUAUGCGAAAAAGACUUAUGGUGAAGUUUCGCGGUGAAGAAGGCCUCGAUUACGGCGGCGUGGCGCGUGAAUGGUUGUAUCUGUUAUCACAUGAGAUGCUAAAUCCGCAAUACGGACUCUUUCAAUAUUCGAGAGACGACAAUUACACACUUCAAAUUAACCCGGACUCGGGCAUAAAUCCCGAACACUUGUCGUACUUCCACUUCGCCGGGAGGAUUAUAGGCAUUGCUGUUUUUCAUGGCCAUCAUAUUGAUGGUGGUUUCACAACUCCGUUCUAUAAAAUGUUGCUUAACAAAGCUAUAACACUAAGUGAUAUCGAGGGUGUCGAUCCGGAACUGCAUAGAAGCCUUACGUGGAUGCUAGAAAAUAGCAUAGAUGGAGUAUUGGAUGCAACAUUUUCUGUAGAACACAGCAGUUUUGGAGUGUUAAAGAAUCACGAAUUGAAGCCGGGGGGUAAAGACAUUCCGGUAACAGAGGAGAACAAACGAGAAUACGUCCGUUUAUACGUCAACUAUCGAUUUAUGCGCGGUAUUGAGCAACAGUUCUUAGCGUUGCAGAAAGGAUUCCACGAACUAAUUCCUCCACUGUUAUUAAGACCGUUCGACGAACGUGAAUUGGAAUUAGUUAUCGGUGGUCUCGGCACUAUCGACAUAAACGAUUGGAAGAUGCAUACUCGACUUAAGCACUGUACACCCGAUACACCGGUUGUGCAAUGGUUUUGGCAGAUAGUAGAGUCGUAUGGCGAAGAAAUGAGGGCGAGAUUACUUCAGUUCGUUACCGGCAGUUCCAGAGUCCCGUUACAAGGAUUCAAAGCAUUGCAAGGAUCAACGGGAGCAGCAGGUCCUCGACUUUUCACAAUCCACGUCGUUGAUGCUCCAAGCGAAAAUCUACCAAAAGCACAUACCUGUUUCAAUAGAAUAGACAUACCACAAAAUUAUCCGAAUUAUCAAAAGAUGCUUGACAAGCUUACGCAGGCGGUUGAAGAAACUUGUGGCUUCGCAGUUGAAUAAUAUGGUAUGUUCUCACAGCUUCAGCAUGAUCGUUUCCAGUAUGCUAGUGGGUGUGGGUGUGUGUGUGUGUGUGUGGGUGCGUGUAUAUGUAUAUACAUAUAUAUAUAUAUAUAUAUAUAUAUAUAUAUGCACACCCGAAUUUUUACGAUCACAUUUAAUCGCUUGCAUUGGAAUUACGUCUCCCAGACAUUCUAUUAUUUACGAGCCUAAAUUGUCCAGUACGUCUCAGGCACGUAAUGUAAUAUAUGUUUUUGUUCUCUCUGAGCGUAGAUUUAAAUAGACAUAUGUCUCGUGUGAAUGUCAAUUAAAUGUCAAUGCAAGGGGUUAACGAUAUCUGCUGUUGCUAAAUAAUAUAAGAGAGAAAGUUGUUCAUUCUUUAUACUCGUAAACCACCAAGGAAAAGUUUUAGGAGAUCCUGCGAGAUAGUCCUGUUAGAAAGAAAGUGUUAAUACGUAAGCUAUCAGGGAAAUCAUUCUGACUCGUGUACAAACGUCUAAAUGGCCUUGGCGAUCGCAAUAAUGGAUUAGCGAUCGUAAACCGAUAUCUUGCAUAUCACACAAUGCGUACACUUAGUCUCAAUAAUUUUUUCGAUAAUUCUUUUUUCUCGAUGAAGUUGGAAACAUAACUUAUGAAAGUAAGGAUUGAUAAAAAACAAGUUCUUUCAUUGGACCAUUGGUUGCAUCAGAAACUUUAUCAAGAAAAAAAUGUCUAAAUUGUAUUGAAACCAAGUAGUUUUCUUUUAAACAUAAGUUCGAGUAAGAAUUUAAAAAAUUUAAAUUUAAAAAAACUCGAUACGUCUGUACAUAUCGAUUUUCAAAUAUUACUCGGGCAAUUGUCUCAGAUUGCGAAAAUUAUUAUUCCUUCGUGGUAAAUAUUUUAAUCAUUUUAUCUGUUUUUUUACGUUUAACUCUUAGAUUCAUCAAAGUUUUCAUCAAUUAAAAUCACUAAUUUCAUUAAGUUCAUGAAAGAGUUAACGUCAUUAUUCGAACUAGGAUAUAAGAUGCAACAUGCACAAGUAUUUGUGGAAGAUGAAAUCUUCCAAAGCUUACGAUUAUUAUUAUAACAACAACUUUGUACAGAAUUUUUAUCGAAACAUGAAACUGACAACAUUAAAGUGUGUCAAGAAUCUCGAAAUUAUAAAUGUAGCUAAUUAACGAUAUGGGGAGAGGGGGGAAUCAGUUCGCACUAUAUCAAUGCAAGUUAUGUUUGGAAGUUUUCAAUUCCACUUUAAAUACCGUAACAUAAUGCACAGUCAAUUAAUUCCAUAUCAGUUAUCCGUCAAGUAAUAGGAUUUAGCGUCGGAUGAGAGAUAUACACAUACAAAAAAAGUGCUCGCUCUAAUAGAGAAAUACUGGAAAAUUCUAGUGUUUCGAGAUGCAUAAGUCGGUGUCUUAGAAGAAAAAAUAGAAAGUUUGUACAUAUGUAUAAUUCUGAACGCAAGUGUUAAAUAUAGUUAUUGUCCGUCAUUUUAAUGAAAGUUGUUAUAACUUAUAGAGUAUAAAAGUAUACCGAUGAUGACACUAAUAUCGAAGGCCACAUCUUCGAUUGUGUAAUAAAUCUAAAAAUUCGCAAUAAUAAAGAUAUAUACGCGAUACAUAUGUAUGACGAAAACGUUGAACGCGUCGAUUUAUAUUUUAUAUCUUCGACAGCGUAUUUCAAUAAUACUCUUUAUUUAUUCACAGAAAUUGAUAUCCCGAAAUCGAGCGUGUUUUUUUUUUUAAAUAAACGUAAUGCUGUAACACUUUCGUUCAGAGCCUUCGUAACGCAAUCGGCGAGUGUUGUUAUUGCCGUGCAACUUAUAUGACAAGGGAAUCAUUGUUGCUUGUUGAAAGUCAAUAUUACCGAAUGCGUUAACACAUACAAAUGAUGUAAAUAAUUUAUUAGAAGUUAAGAUACUGGUAACGUGUCGUAGUGCGGGCCACGCAUGCAUAGUCGACACGACAAACUCGCGCUAAAUAUUGGCAAUUACGAAUUGUGUACAUUAGCUUUAAUUUAAUGCGUAGUCAUUUAAGGAAAGAGUUCAUUCGACGGGUUUACGUAAGCUUUUAUAGAAUGUCUUGAUCGAACUGGCUCGUUUGUUUUAGAAUUUCACGAAACAUGUUUAUACCUUGCUAAGCUACUCUUAGUAAGAUAUAGCGCUUCUUUUUAUUUAUCGCAUAAAUCCCUCAUUUAGUCCAGCGUUUAUCGCUGUCGCAAAGAUGUCUAAUGUUUGAAGCAGCAUAAAUAAUUGUUUUAUACUCUUAUUAUUGCAUUAUUAUUAUUACUACUAUUUGUAUUAUGCACGUAACUGUGAUGAAACAUAUCGUAGACAAAAAGCAACUCAAAGUCUCUCGUUAUUUUUGGAUCAUGAAAAUUGGUGCGUAUAUCUUACAUUCACUUUUAUAUACAUGAUAUUAUUAAUCGAUGAAUAUUUUUCUUUUCUUCUUUUUGUUAAUUCUCCUUCGAAAUGAGAUGUCCUCGUGUACUCUGCGUUGCGUUGCUUUAAGUAUCGCCCGUUUCUAAUGUUUGAAACACGGUCUGAAUACUAAGCAUCGCUAUAACGGGAAACGUAGCUAUUACGACUCAAGUAGAAUAAUACGGAUACAGCUCUAAGCGAACGAGCGCUAACAUUAUCGCCCACGUUAAUUGGACACUUGUAGUGAUAUCUAUAUCUCUUAAUUUCAAAUAUACACGAAUUCUCUUUC